CUAGCCCGUCGCGGUUAUGUCCUCCAGCACUAUCCUGAAAAUGUCCUGAUGCCCAGUGAGAAACACCUGACUCUCAUAAAGAGGAAAGGGAUACACCAGCUCUUGCUUUGUGAGCACCAGAUCUUGGCGGAUGCUCUCAAGAACAACCUACUUACCAUCAAAACCAUCACCAAGCAAAGCACCCUCACAAAUCUCAUGGCCUCCCACAGCCCUGUUAUCAUUGGGGAAGCGCCUGCACCUCAUUCUGACCAUACCCAUGGGUGGCGUUGGUAUGCUGAUGGUCGGUCUGAUUGGCGGGGUCUUCCU